CAGCAGUGUAGGGCUCUGGUAGGUGGGGCUGUGCAGGAUCCUGUGCCCAGAGUGGAGAGCUGUUCCUGCCGCUGAUUCCCUGAGCCACAGGACCCAGCUGGGUGCUUGCAUAGGGGCCAGCCAUGCUAGGGAAGGCGGCACUGCUUGUGGGGCUUCUCUUGCUGGGGACCUCCACUUGCCUUGAACAAUUUGUAAACAUUGACAGGAGCUUGAAGCCUUUUGCCAUGUCUGUGGAGUAUGUUGUAUUCCGCUUCAACAAGGCCCAGGAGGACCCAUUUGCUUACAAACUUCUUCGGAUCCGGAGGAGCCAGUGUCAGAUCUUUACUAUGACGUAUUUAGUAGACCUGGAGAUGGGCCGCACCGUGUGCAAGAAGGAGGACGAGGACUUAGACAACUGCCCACUGCAGCGGGACGUAGGACAUAGGAAGGUGCGCUGCACUUACAUCGUAAAGACCAUAGAGUGGCUCACCCAGUUCUCCAUCGUGAACAGCACCUGUGCUGAGACCUCAGUGGGGAGGGCCUGGGCAGCUUCAUAAAUGUCCUCAGCCUUGGGAGUGUGCCAGUUCUGUGCUCUACGUUGGUGUGGACAGUGCAAUUAAAGGCCCAUCAUGACACUGAAAGGUCCCCAAACCUCUGUACCCUCCCAUGUUGUUAUUUGCUAUGGAUGUCAUUGUCAAGAGCAUUUGUCAUCAUGGUUGUCACCUUGGCUGUGGCUGUGGAGUGCUCAGUAAGUUCUGUGAAGCAGUGUACCUUUCACCUGCUGGCCUAGUUCAUUCAUUCUUCUGUGAGUGUAUGACUCCUUUAUUCAUCCUCCGCUUAUCUACACCCCUCACCCCACCACUCAAAUGACAGCAAAGUUUGCCAGGGAACAGCCUCAGGGACCGGGCUCUUGGUGGCAGCUUCUAUGGGUGGGGGUAGUAGGUAUGACUGGAGGAAGUCCUCCAAGGUGGGAAGGCAACCCGAGAAACCGCAGGAUCCCACAUGUUCCCUAUGAUUCUCACCU